GCCUGGGAACAAAGUCCGCUGCCUCUCUCUCGGCUCGCUCAUACGAGGGCCUCUCUCCCCGCGCGCCCGUGCUCGCCUCAUGUCGUCGUCGCCCGUAGCGAAACGCUUCGCGAAACGCGCCGUGUUGGGCGCUCGCGUCGCGGUCCCCGAAGGACCUUUCUACCGCCAGGCCACGAUCCUGCGGUACGUCGACGAACCCGGCGGCCUGUUCACGGUGAAACUCGAAGACUCGGCCGUCGUGAAAGACGUCCACGAAUCCGUGAUCCUCGGACCCGGCUUCAACCCCGUGAGUUCCGCCCUCUUGCGCCCCGGCCAGAGGGUCUUCUUCACGCACAACAAUCGCGAAGUGACCGGACUCGUGAAACAGUUGCUGGCAAACGACGAAGUCCUCAUCUCGCUUCAAAGCGAACACAGAAACAGUCCCACGGAGGUGAAGCGUCGAGCGGAGGAGAUCCGGUUCGUCGAGAGCCGCAAGAGCGCCCGACUGCAGGACUCGGAGUUGGACUUCGCGAAGCUGGCGGACAUGACGUCGUCGUCGUCGUCGUCGCCCGGGGGGCGGAGUCCGCCGAGGAGCAAGGAUCACGCAGGCCGGAUCCACUCGGUGCGUAUCCUUCGGAUGCCGGGCGUAGUGGAGACCGAAGGCCGCCGCGACGAAGGCCUCGGUUGCGACGGCCCACGGCGCAACCUCGUUCCUCGUCUCCCGGAUUCCGACGAUGCGCAGUCGAGGACGGGGCCGGCGAGCCCCCACCGAUCCGAGAGGAGAGAGUUCCAGCUGGUUCUCGUUGCGUCAUGGGAGUCCCGGACGUCAAAUUUGCGUGGGUACAGCCAGUCGUGGGCGGACCGCCUGUCGCCGAGCUCGACGUCGAGCCUGGGCAGCGCCGGGACGAACGGGAUGGCGCCGGACGGACCGGCCUCGCCACACACCCCCUCCGACGAAGGCAUCGUCAUCGAGGACGGCAUCGUCGAGAUGGACGAAUCCAUGAUCAAGGUCGGCUCCCGUUCCCGUUCCCACGGAAACCGGCGCAACGCCGGUCUUUAUUUUCGAACGACCGUCGUUCGCGUCGGGGAGGCGAUCGAAGAGCCUUUGAGACGGCGGUGCCAGCCGCCGACAGGUGGAAGGCGGUUCGCCCCCGCCUUCCAGUUCGACGAGGACGGUAUACCAGUGCACGUGGCCGGGAUGCGGCGUCACGACGUCGUCGUGCCCCGCCAUCGAGACGCACGUCAGGGUCGCCCACCUCGGGUAAGCCGCCGGCGUGCAUUCCGCGUAAAGACUCUCGCCUCGCGACGCGGAGAUGAACCCGUUCGUCCCGCCCGCAGGGGGAAAGACGGAGAGAACACGGACCACGAGGAGGAGUUCUACUACAACGAGGUGGAGGUGACGGUGAGCGGCGGGGGGGUGAUGGGGGGAGCGAUGGGGGGGACGACGACGACGUCCUCCCCGCCCACCCUCUCCCACAUGGACAUGGCCCGACCCCCGCACGAGAACCCGGAGUACCAGCGGGAGCGACCGGUCGCGGCUGCCGUCCCCAUCUCCAUCCCCCUCCUCUCCCGAUCCUGGCAUCAUCCGUACUACGCGAGCUCCGGAUCCCCGGUGUCCCCGCAGAAGUACAUGCGACUGAGCCCCAAGUCAUCGUCCCCGAAGAUCUCCAUCCUCCGCCCCCGCGUCCGCGGCGAGACGAAGAAAUGCCGCAAGGUCUACGGCGUGGAGAACCGGGAUCUCUGGUGCACCCAGUGCAAGUGGAAAAAGGCCUGCUCACGAUUCACCGACUGAUCACCUCAGCAACAUCAUCAUUUUUUAAUCAUUUUUUUCGCAUACUCCCAACCGGAUUUGGGAAGCGACAGAUAGCUAGAGAACAUUUUUUUUUUUACAUCUACGCUUACUCGCGAGUCGGUGUGACGUUUGCUUUAUUUUAGGCAUCAGAUGAUUGUUGUCUUGGUUCCUUUUUUUUUUGUCCCCUCCCGUU